AAUACACCGGUUAGCUACAAAAACGACCAAGUUAAUUUAAUGUCUUAGGAAAUCAUGAGUAGAUGAACCUAGUUCUACAUUCAUUUGAUGUCACAAAAGGUAAGGAAGACCAUUAGAAAAAUUCAAUCAAACUGAAUACAAACAAUUUGACCAAAAUAUUAUGUUGAUAACUAUUGAACCACGUUAGUAAUCUCUUGAAGAGUAGUCAUUUAUAUUCUUUACAUCUUUAUAUAUAAAAUAGGCUUUUCUUCUCUCCUAGGGGGUCCACCUCAGCUGCCAGCGCAUAAAUUCGAAUUCCCUGGAGUCGACACCUGUCUUCAUUAAUCAAAACGCUGCGCACCUUUUGUUUCCGUACGGUCUUUUUUUUUUGUUUCGGUAGAGUUGGGCUUCGAUCCGAUCCUUGCUUCCGAUCCUUGCUUCUAACCCUAAUACAUCUGGAAUCUGAGAAACGAAGAAGGUCGUCUCUCCUCUUCCUGCGACGGCGACCGAUGCCUUCUGCGAUUCUUCUCACCAUUUUGAACGGCCUGCGUAAAGGCUUCGUGAUUAAUCACAUUGAUUCACUCGCCCACUACAUCGUCAUCAAUGCUUCGUUUUGAUCUGAUAAACGGUGAUUUCUGUAUAAAUAGAAGUAUUGCAUCACUACCAAAGAGCUGGGAACAGUUAUGCGUUCUCUAGGACAAAACCCAAUAGAGGCUGAGCUCCAGGACAUCCUAAGAGAUGCAACCGAUUCUCUUAUACAGAGGCUGAUGCGGGGCUGAUUCUCCUCCUUCUCCUUUGCCGCAAAGUCCAUCUCUUUCAAUCGCCGUGUCACUAUCUCCCAUGUUUUCUCCGCCUCGAUCGACAACGGCGGCUCUGACAACAACAACAAUAACAACAGAGGAAGCGGUGGUGGUGGCAGCUACGACGGAGGUAAGAACGACUGAGAUGGUGGAGAGGAUAGGGAUAGGAACAUGAGCGAGGUGAUGGUGUUAUUGGCUGAGUUGGGGACAGAGUUGGAGAGUCUUCCAAACGAUCUAGCAGCUGCCAUUGAGUCUGGUCGGAUUACUUAAUUGUUUAUCACCCGGUUCCUUGAGCUUCAGAGAUCAGUUGUGAUGAGGUGGCUGAUGCAGUUCGCUGGGUUUAGGGAAAGGCUUUUGGCUGAUGAUCUCUUCUUGGCUAAACUCGCCAUGGAAUGUGGUGUUGGUUUCUUCACUCAGACUGCUGCUGAGUAUGAACGGCGUAGAGAAAACUUCUUCAAUGAACUUGAAGUUGUCUUUGCCGAUGUGGAUGCAGUCCACGCUGAUGAGGUAAAAAGUAUGGAGAACAGAACACGACCAGGAUGUCCUGAGGAUAUGAUCAACGAGUAUUUGUGUCAUUCACACUAUUCUGAGCUCUAGGACAUGAUCAACGAGGUUGACGCUGAUGGAAACGGAACCAUCGACUUUCCCGAGUUCCUGAUCCUUAUGGCUAAGAAGAUGAAGGACACUGACUCAGAGGAAGAGCUAAAAGAAGCAUUCAGAGUUUUCGAGAAAGACCAGAACGGUUUCAUCUCCGCUGCUGAGCUACGCCAUGUGAUGACCAAUCUCAGUGAGAAGCUGACUGAUGAGGAAGUCGAAGAGAUGAUCCGUGAGGCUGAUGUUGAUGGAGAUGGUCAGAAAAACUAUGAAGAGUUUGUCAAGAUUAUGAUGGCUAAGUGAUGGAUGAUGAUGAUGACCUUUUUCUGAUGCCUCUUAAGACAUUUGCAUGAUUUGUUUAGAUAUUGGCUAAAUAGACAGAGAUUCGAGGAAGGUAGCGUACGCAAGUGUUUUUCUACCGUCCGUUCCAUUAUUCUAUUCAUGUACGAUUACUUCCAAGCCAUCGUACAUGAAUAGCCGUCUUUAGAGCUGAAACCCUUUCAAGGUUUCUAAAAAAAAAUAUAUAUUAAUAUUUAAUUAUUUUAGUGUUCUGAAACAUUGCAGGAGUGACAACUGUCUCUAAAUAUGUGGAACCAAAACCUACUAAAUAGGAACCUGUGGGCUAUUUUUCUCUCAUGAUUUAUUAAUUUUCAUUUAAUUUUAAUU